AUGCUGCAUGUGAGGAGGCUGGUGACCCGGUGCUGGGCGGGACGGCGAUGGCAUCACUGUGCAGCGGGGGAGGUGAAGAACGAACCCAUCCUGGAAUUCAAGCAUGGCAGCCCAGAGAGAGCCGCUCUCCAGAAAGCACUAUACAUGAACUUGAGGACAAGACGGAGAGAUCCCCUGUGUGGUUGGAGGAGAAGAGGUGUGGACCAACGAUAUCAGAUAUCAGGUUUCGCCGUUCAAACAUUCACACAAAGUCGCCAAAUACUGCUACGCCGACAAGGAACUUCUCCACAAAGCCAUCAAUGCCGCGUUGUCGGCCCGGAAGGAAUGGGACCUGAAACCAGUCGAGGACCGCGCACAGAUUUUCUUUAAAGCUGCCGACCUUCUGAGUGGCCCCAGGAGAGCGGAGGUUCUGGCCAAGACUAUGAUUGGACAGGGGAAAACAGUUAUUCAGGCCGAAAUCGACGCGGCUGCCGAGCUCAUCGACUUUUUCCGAUUCAACGCCAAGUACGCCUUGCAGCUGCAACACGAGCAGCCAAUCAGUGUGCCCAUCAGUACCAACACAAUGGUGUACCGCGGCCUGGAGGGAUUUAUUGCUGCCGUCUCUCCCGUUCAACUUUACUGCCAUUGGAGGAAACCUGGCCGGGGCCCCAGCACUGAUGGGUAAUGUGGUCCUGUGGAAGCCCAGCGAUACGGCCAUGCUGUCCAGUUACGUGGUGUACAACGCCCUCCGUGAAGCCGGCCUGCCCCCCAAUGUCAUACAGUUUGUCCCGGCAGACGGCCCGGUUUUCGGAGACACCAUCACCGGCUCAGAGCACCUCGGUGGAAUCAACUUCACAGGAAGUGUACCAACCUUCAAGAGGCUUUGGAAACAAACCGCAGAGAAUCUGGACCGAUACCGGACCUUCCCCCGCCUGGCUGGAGAAUGCGGUGGGAAAAACUUCCAUUUCGUUCACAAGUCCGCCGAUGCCGAGAGCGCCGUGAAUGGCGCCAUCCGAUCGGCGUUCGAGUACAGCGGUCAGAAAUGCUCGGCCUGCUCGCGGCUCUACGUUCCGGACUCUCUGUGGCCCCGGAUCAAAGCCAGGCUGCUGGAGGAACACGCCAAGAUCAAAGUGGGAAAUCCCGCCGAUGACUUCAGCACCUUCACCUCGGCCGUUAUUGAUGAAAAGUCAUUCAGGCGGAUCCAAGGUUGGAUCAAACACGCCAAAGAGUCGCCCAACCUCACCAUCCUGGCCGGGGGGGGACUGCGAUGACAGAGUCGGAUACUUCAUAGAACCCACAAUCAUCGAGACCAAAGACCCCAAGGAGAAGAUGAUGGCGGAGGAAAUCUUCGGACCCGUGCUGACAGUUUACGUUUAUCCAGAAAACGAGUAUAAAGACGUCCUGAGACUUAUAGACACCACUUCCCCGUACGGCCUGACGGGGGCAGUGUUCUCCCAGGAUAAGAAUGUUCUACAAGAAGCUACAGAGGUUCUGAGGAACGCCGCAGGGAACUUCUACAUCAAUGAUAAGUCCACGGGGGCCGUUGUGGCCCAGCAGCCCUUCGGAGGGGCCCCGAGCAUCAGGUACAAACGACAAGCCCGGGGGUCCUCAUUACAUCCUCCGCUGGACCUCGCCGCAGGUCAUCAAGGAAACCCACGUCCCUCUGACGGAAUGGAAGUACCCCUACAUGCAGUG